AUGGUGGACGCAGACGAGAGCAGACUUCUUGUGCUUACCCGCCACGGACAGUCCGAGUGGAACAAGCUCAACCUCUUCACUGGAUGGAAGGACCCAGCUCUCACUGAGCUCGGUGUGGAAGAGGCGGAAGCCGGUGCUGUGCGCUUGAAGAAGAAAGGACUCACGCACUUUGACAUUGCCUUCACUUCUGACUUGCAACGUGCACAAAAGACCUGCGACAUCAUUCUCAAAGGUAUUGACCAGCCAGAUUUGGAGACCAUCCGGUCGCAGAAGCUCAACGAGCGUGACUAUGGAGAUCUCUCGGGACUCAACAAGAAUGAUGCCCGCGACAAGUGGGGAGAGGAUCAGGUGCACAUCUGGCGUCGCUCCUUCGAUGUACCCCCACCCGGUGGUGAAUCCCUCAAGAUGACGGCUGAGCGUGUCCUGCCGUACUGGGAACAGGAGAUCAAGCCGCGUCUGAUCAAGGGCGAGAAGGUUCUCAUUGCAGCACACGGCAACUCGCUGCGUGCGCUCAUCAUGGAGCUCGAGGGCUUGUCUGGAGAGGAGAUUGUCUCUCGUGAGCUAGCUACAGGUGUUCCCAUUGUGUAUAAGCUGGACAAGGAGGGCAAGUACGUCUCGAAGGAGGUGCUCGACUACGAUGCUUAG